AUGUACAACAUGAUGGAGACGGAGCUGAAGCCGCCCGGCCCGCAGCAAACUUCAGGGGGCGGCGGCGGCGGUGGCAACUCUACUGCUGCGGCGGCGGGCGGCAACCAGAAGAACAGCCCAGACCGAGUUAAGCGGCCCAUGAACGCUUUCAUGGUGUGGUCCCGAGGGCAGCGGCGCAAGAUGGCCCAAGAGAACCCCAAGAUGCACAACUCGGAGAUCAGCAAACGGCUGGGCGCCGAGUGGAAACUUUUGUCGGAGACGGAGAAGCGGCCGUUCAUCGACGAGGCCAAGCGGCUGCGAGCGCUGCACAUGAAGGAGCACCCGGAUUAUAAAUACCGGCCCCGGCGGAAAACCAAGACGCUCAUGAAGAAGGAUAAGUACACACUGCCCGGAGGGCUGCUGGCCCCGGGAGGCAACAGCAUGGCGAGCGGGGUCGGGGUGGGCGCCGGCCUCGGCGCGGGCGUGAACCAGCGCAUGGACAGCUACGCGCACAUGAAUGGCUGGAGCAACGGCAGCUACAGCAUGAUGCAGGACCAGCUGGGCUAUCCGCAGCACCCGGGCCUCAAUGCGCACAGCGCGGCUCAGAUGCAGCCCAUGCACCGCUACGACGUGAGCGCCCUGCAGUACAACUCCAUGACCAGCUCGCAGACCUACAUGAACGGCUCGCCCACCUACAGCAUGUCCUACUCGCAGCAGGGCACCCCUGGCAUGGCGCUCGGUUCCAUGGGCUCAGUGGUCAAGUCCGAGGCGAGCUCCAGCCCCCCCGUGGUUACCUCUUCUUCCCACUCCAGGGCGCCCUGCCAGGCCGGGGACCUACGGGACAUGAUCAGCAUGUACCUCCCCGGCGCUGAGGUGCCAGAGCCCGCCGCCCCCAGCAGACUUCACAUGUCCCAGCACUACCAGAGCGGCCCGGUGCCCGGCACGGCCAUCAACGGUACACUGCCUCUCUCUCACAUGUGA